AUGGAAGGCCCUUUCUUGGGUGGUGGGGACCGGCCAGACCCGGGCCGCUUGCCGAGUCAAACAAACCUCGACGGGUUCGAGGUGAAGCGCAAGAUCUGUGUCGAUCGGACGGACGACACAAGAAUCGAGAAUCGGCUGGAUCCAGUGAGGGAGUUACCGCGCGAGUUUCACCUUGACGCGCGAUGGAACCGCGCUGAGGAGGUGCACGGGGCCACUGGGGCCACACCCAGCUGUGCCCAACAACAGCAGCAGCGCAGGCAAGCGCGGAGUAUCGACCAGGCGGUUGGGCCUUCACUGCGCUGGCCACUAGAAUCAGAGGCUUCCAGGGCGCCGGCAAACUCCGACGCUUCCUCUCUGUUUGCGAUUUGCUCGUGGCAGCACAGGGAUCCAGCACGCCACGGGCUCUGCGCACUGCACACUGCACACGGCACACUGCACACCAGACUGCACCACUCGCCGGCGACAACCUUGCCUUUUUUUUUCCCUCUCGUCCUAGUGUUCGACCUGUUCGAUUCUAUACCAGUCUGGCCUGCUCACUUCAGCCUUAACGGCCCCCGACCGACGCCAUCUUCCAUCACCCGACGCCGUCAAGCCGCUAACGACGAGCAGGCGACUCGCGACGGCGGAUGCGAUUUGCCCAGCCCCAAACGGCUGCUUUCUCCCACUCACCAAGCCAUCUCGUCCCACCUCGGUGCUCUGUCAGCCGCCUGCCCUGCCCGCCCUCCUCCUCCCGACGACACACCCACACACGCCUAG